AAUGCUUAGCAACAUCCACUUGUGUCAACAUGGACGAACGAAAAAAAAGGUGUACUUAUAAAGCUAAUUUAUUAAAGAAAUAUGGUGAAGAACAACAAACCUUACAAGCUGAAGUUGAUCUGCAUCAGAGACUAAAAACUAUAAAAAAGGAGCACACGAGAAGGAAGAAUGAUCAAACUGAAAGAAGUUCGAAAAUGUCUAGAGAAAAUGCAGUGAAACUUAUGCAAAAAUACGAAAGAGAGGCUAAACAAGCAAAAGAAAAGCUUAGGAAACUGGAGGAGAAGAAUAAAUGUUCGGGUUCAGGAAAAAAUGAAAAUGAAGAAGUCAAAACUGAAAAGAAUGAGACGAAAACAAAGGGAGUUUCCGAAGAAGAAUUAAAGGAACAUAUCUACCGAAUUGUUAAAGAAAAAUCUGUGAAAAGUUUAAAUGCCCCCUUCUCAAUGACAGAUAUAAUAAGACAAAAUCACAAUCUACAAAAGGACAAUGCUGAAAUGAAGAAGGAGUUAGAAAAUUUAAAGCGAGAAAAUAGCAAGUUAAUUAGCGAUGCCGUGAAGUACCGCAAACAAAGUGAUGCUGCUAUGACUCAAGUAGGAGCUUCGGAAGAUCAAAGAAAAAAGCUGAUGGACAGGCUAAGAAAAGAAAAAGAAUUGAACAAGCAAUUAUAUUCAGCUUUCACAAAGAAAUCUGCGGACUGGAUUGAACAUAACAAACAAAUGAAGAGGGUGUAUGACGAAUUGAAAUUAGCUUCCGUACGUAAAGAUAAUUAACAAAUGUAUUAUAUACUGUACAACAUAUUAAUUUUAUAAAUUAGAUGUCACCUGUAUCUGUAGUUGGUGCUGAAGAAAGGUUGUACUCUCAACCUGUGAAGAAGAACACUGACUAUCCAAGAACUAUGUUUCCUGUUGAAAAAUAUGACAGAGCUAACGUUGACUGAUAAUUCAUAUAUCUUAAUAAUCUUAUAAAAAUUAAAUUAAAGUAUUUUAUAUUACAUCAAAAUCUCAGUUUGUAUCCUAUUUUUUUUCAAUAAGGUUAGUUAACUUUAAUAAUUCUUCUCAUUUGAAUGAAAAAUUUAGAUAGUUUUCUGAGCUGUGCAAAUUACGUUAGCAAUGACAUCUGCGGGAAAAGUAUAACAUUUUUCUAGUACAUGUUAAAAUAUUUUUUUUUUUAUUCUUACAAACCCAUACUAUAUUCUCGAAUGUCAUUAAGGUACUUAUCUACUUCCCCUUCCUUCUUGUAUCUUUUAU